AACGCUUGAAGCGGCGCCGCGCACAUGCAGGCACUCACAGCAAGCUAGCUAAGACGCUAUGUAAACAGUGAGCAGCUAACCGGCAAAAAAAUAAUAAACGUUAGGCGCUUUAUGAUGUCACGUUAUCAUCUAAUCGAUCGAUAACCUGAUCUCCAGACAGUUUCCUAUCCCCUAAUUAGGGAAUUGCUUUAUAGAGCAAAGAUGGCUGACAAACAGGCGGAGCCAUCUCCCCAGGUUGUUGGUGUAAGUCACUGUGACUCCACCCCCCUGCUGUGGAGGAUGGAGGAUCUGCGGGCGGUCAGGUCUUAUGGCCUGGUGGGGGCGCUACUGGGGUCCCUACCGCGGACCCCCCGACAGAAUGUCCGUCUGGGUCGGCCGUUGUUGUUACUGCCAGAGGAAGAGUUCCUGCUAGUGGAGCACCACGUGGCCGCCAUCUUGCCACCUGGACCGCCGGAUGCAGAAGAGGCGGAGCUUCGUCAGCAGGUUGCGCGGUUUGAGGAGAACCUGCGGUGCAGUUUUGAGGAGCAGCAGGUCCUUGCUCUGCGCGACAGGAAGUCGGCGCUAAUCAGAGCCCUGAGGUCAUCGCGUGCAGAGUCCGGAUCGGGGAGUGAUGAUGAGGACCUGCAUGGGCGCCUGGAAGCGCUGGAGCGUGGCUUUUGCUUCCCUCGUUCAGCAUUGGCGGUCCAGCUGAGCACGGCGAGGGCAGGACUCUCCCACUGUGCCGAGGACCACGCCCUCCAUUUAGCAGGCGUGGCCACUGGCCAAGACCCACGAUGCAACACCCGAUACCAGGUGUUCAGAGACUUGAGGGGGCGGGGCUUCUACCUCACUUCAGCCGGGAAGUUUGGCGGCGAUUUCCUCGUCUAUCCUGGCGACCCUCUUCGUUUCCACGCCCACUUCAUCGCUGUGUGCGUAUCUGCGGACGAGAGCAUGGCGCUGCUGGACGUCCUCGCCGUGGCCCGUCUGGGCUCCAACGUCAAGAAGACCGUCCUCUUGUGCUCGCCGCAAAGCAGUGGAGGUGUGACAUAUUCAUCCUUGCAGUGGAGCGGGAUGGUCUGAAUGUCUCCUUCACGUGAGACCUUGAGUGCUUGUUUUUUUACUGCUUGUUUUUUUUCUACGUACAGUAGAUGAAAUGUAAUAUAUUCAAUUCCAUACAGUCAACCCAAGAUGAACGGUUACUUGUGCAUAUAUUUUUAUUCUAACAAUCCUCACAUGUUGUUAUGCAUAUGUACCAGUAUACAGUAGAUCCACGCUAGUGUCCAAAAGAGUAAUGGAUGCACCCAUAAAAAGCUCUAAAAACAUCUAUUUUUGACCCUAUAACAUGUCCCUAAGUUACUAAACAUAUUUGAAAUUCAGUUUUACUCAUUAAAAACAAUUAAGAGGCAUACAGUAUACCGCAAACGUUCAGUUAGACAUCAUCACAUCUUCUCGAAGCAUCCUCGUGCUGGAAAAUGUUGAGUAAAUUGACUUGUGCCAAAUUUAUAGCUGCAGCACUCACCCCCAUCCCCACCCCCAACCCCCGCAGAUAGCACCAUCAGCCCACUUUCAAUUAAAUUUACCAAGAAAAAUGAAUUAUGAAGAAAUUCACGAAUAUGCGACGAUCAUCUAUGCAUGGUUUCCGAGCUUUCUCGCUUUGAUGUGUGAUGACUGGCCUCGAUGCAGACUGCUCAUGUGACUUGUCUUGAGGUCGUGAACGCAUCACUUUAAGAUGCGAGUAUUCAUACUUUAAAUCAGGGGUGCCCAAACUUUUUCCACUGAGGGCGGCAUACUGAAAAAUCAAAGAAUGCGGGGGCCACUUUGAUGUGUUUCCAUUUUGGAAACCAACUCAUGUAAAUAUGCUAAGAAUAUGCUAAAUAUGCUAAAAGGAAAAGUAGCUUCCAUCUAAAGCUUUGCUUUAUAGAUGUUAUAGCUUUUUCUCCUUACAAUACACUGCUUGCUCUUUUUUUUUUUUUUUUUUUUUACAAAUAUUUCAACUUUGUUCUUUUGAACCUUUUUUCUUGUAAUAUGACUUUUUAUCCUAAAAUAUUUUGACUUUAUUAUGGUAAUAUUAUAACAUUUUUCCCAACCUAACAUUUUAUUGUUUGUUUUUUUAAUCACGAUAAUACUUUUGAACGUCCUUUUUUUUCCUUUAAUGUUUCAACUUUAUGCUUCUAAAAUAUUUUUUUCCCUCAAAUUUUUCCCCAAAUUUACAGUAUUCUUGUAAAAUUCUGACAUUGUUUUCGUAAGAUUAAGACUUUUGUCUCUUAUUCUUUUAAUAUUUCAUGUUAUUCUCGUAAAAUUAAAAAAAACUUUCUUCCAUAUUUGCUGGUUUUUAUUUAGUUUUUUGGUUAAUGUCUUUUAAUAUUAUUUUUAGAAUGUGCUGGGGUCAAUUAAAAAAAAACAGCUGCAGGCCUCAAAUGGACCCCGGCCCACAGGACUGCAAUCUAUUUGUGGCAAUGGUGGUUUGGGGGCAGAGAAUGACAAUGAUGUAAUUGUCGACUUUUUAUCAUUGGUCUUGAGUAAAAAAAACAUGAAAAGCAAAACAAAUACGUUUAGAACUACAAAUGACGUUUUGUAAAAUGCCACA